UCAUCCAACGCGUUUAGAAAACUUUUCUUUCCUACGUUCUUCAAAUUUGAAGUUGGAAGACGGCCCUUGGCUAAGCGAAUUUUGAUCGCGGAAUCUUCUUUCCCAGUUAAUAAUUUAUAGGGAAAAAAGCACUGCAACUGUGAUCGAGGUUAUCUGCCAAUCUUUUAGGGGUUGCGUUGAAUUUUUUGAGUUGGGCGAACCAAUUCUAGGGUUUUGUACUGAAACAUAGAUGGAUUGGGGAAACGUAACUGCGGAAGAUCUGAUCGAUGCGCUUCGUGAAGUGGAAUGGUCAUCACCUCCUCGCCCUCUCACAGAGUUCUUCUCGAAAUUCACCGUCCCUAGAUCGUAUGCUAAAUGGAACAGCCGCCUCAAAUGCAAUCUCUACUAUUAUCGGACCAAUUACUUCAUCAUGAUAAUCUUCAUUAUCGGGAUGGGAUUUCUAAGGCGGCCACUUGCUAUUAUUGCUGCUCUUUUAACAGCACUGAGCAUUGCUUUCCUGAAUGACAGCUUUGCAGUUACUUUUAAUGAGAAGGUAACAAGAACUGUGAGACAGUUCUCUCCACAUUUAGCUGCAAAGAUGAGACCUCCUGUAACGCCUGUUAUUCGGGGACGCCCAUCACCUAAAAGGACAAUUCAUAUAUGUGGAUGGCCACGUUGGAUGUUUGUAUUGGUAUUUUCAGCAGCCAGUUGCAUCCUAUGGAUCACUUCUUGUGGUCUGCUUACAGUUCUAUGGGCAUUUGUCAUUGGCCUUCUUGCCACUCUCCUUCAUGCAAGCUUUAGAACACCUAAUCUGAAAGCACGCCUUAACACAUUCCGUGAGGAAUUCCGUGCAGUAUGGCGCAAUUAUAGUGAACUGUAACUGGUUGUGCAUCCUGUGGAGUUCAUAGACGAAUCUUCCAAUUGGUUGUGAACUAUGAGUUGGUAUUCUGAAGUUGGGCUUAGGCACUUAACAGCUGCUGCUGCUUCUGAUGUUCUUACAAAAAGCUGCUGUAGAAGAUUCCCUCCUGUAAGUGGAAGCUACAUAUCUGUAUAGGCCACUGGUUGUAAAUCUUUCGGAGAACUUAUUUCUGUAGAACUUGAAUGUCUCCCAAUUUUAUUGGUAAUCACCUUAGAAUUUAUAAAUUGAAAUUGUAAGAAAUAUUGGCCAGCCAAGGGUACUUUUUCUUGUUCACCAGGAGAUUAUCUGUUCUUAGAUUUGGUAUAUGUUGACUAUAUUUUGUUAUGUGGGAAUAAAUUUUGAUUUAUAGA